AUGGACUACGACAGGUGGGACGCUCUCCUUCACCACAUCUUCAAGCAAACGCAGGGCGACGCAUGGUUUCGUCCCCAGGAAGAGAGCCUUACCUCAGGUGUCGCCCUACGCGUAAACGACUCACCGCCAGAGUUCCGCGUUUUUCCCUAUGAAAACAUCUACCUAGAGCCUUUCGAGGCUGCUGUACAGAAACUCAAUCCUGUCGUUGCAGUCAAGGUUCGCAGCGCCGCUGUUCAUGCUGCACUUGCAGAUGUACCUCCCGACGCGACGAGCAUCUAUGUGGACAACAAUACCCGCAUUCAGAUCAUCGACACGAUGCUCCAGCUGCCACAGGCCGACAAGGAGCAGUGUGCCGCCUUCAUUCGGGACGAGCGUGUCCUUGUCGUUUUCACCUCUUCCCUCGACACCAUCAUACCUACCUGUCAGGACUUUGAAGACCGACUCAUAAAGCUAUUGUGGCGAUCUCGUCCCGGAGCACCAUCUUCCAUAUCUGCCGGGUCCAUUCUUCCUAGAGAGGGAUCGAUUUCUGUCACCGGUCAUGGUAGCGCUUCCCCAUCUCUUUCCAACCACAGCCUCGUCGAACCCUCCCCUAUCCUCAAGAGCAAGGUCAAGCGGAAUUGGUAUGGGAAAAAGGUUGGCAUGUCUGCUCCGAAAGCAGAGAUUCGGGAUGCGAAGCUCUAUGCUCCGUUUUACAACGGUCUCGCUGCAGCAUUGGCCUUGAUCUUCAUGGGGAAUGGUAUCAAGACUCUCCUGACGGAGUCGCUUCUCGACAGCACCUAUAUGCGGUUCGUCCUUAUUGUCCAAAACGUUACCAUGGCGAUCGGACCUAUAGCUCACUACCACAUGAAUAGCAAAUAUUAUUCUGCUAUCCCUCCUCUCCCUAACGAUGACAUCGAUAACCGCUUGCCUCAUAUCACUAUCCAAAUGCCAGUCUACAAGGAGAACCUCGACUCCGUACUUGACCCCUCGUUCAAUUCCAUAAAACGCGCCAUGCGGACGUACGCGCGCCAAGGUGGAACAUCCAGCAUCUUCGUUAACGACGAUGGUCUUCGGCUCAUUUCUAUGGCCGAUCGGGACGAGCGGAUAGCGUAUUACGCCACGCACGGUAUCGCUUGGGUUGCCCGUCCUCGACAUGGUUACACCGAAGAAACUGGCGAUGUUGAGAAAGGUCUUAAGGACCAUAGGGGAGCUCCCUUCCUGCGAGCUGGUCGUUUCAAGAAGGCCAGUAACAUGAACUAUGGCUUGAGCCUAUCCCUCAAGGUCGAGAAUCAUCUGGAUCACUUGAUGGCGAACCGACCGCCACAGGCGCAUUAUCGUCGAGCCUCGGCGGCAACGAGUCAAGCAAUGUCGGAAUUCGGUAGCAAUGCCCACCUUGGCACUCACGGAGGCACAUAUGGGAUGCAGUAUAUGGGAAAAGACGGCGAUGAUAUGUCACGGAUGCUGGAUAUGGAGGGCGACGAGGAUACAGAGGAGAUGGCGCUCCAAAUGGCGAUGGAACAGGUGUACGAAGAGAGCGGCUCCCGAUUCCGACCCUGGGCAGCAUUCGGAAAGGGAAUGCGUAUCGGUGAAAUCAUUUUGCUAGUUGACAGUGACACGGUUGUUCCCGAGGAUUGUUUACGAGAUGCCGCGCGGGAAAUGGCAGCCUGCCCCAACGUUGCCAUUAUCCAGCAUGAAAGUGACGUCAUGCAGGUCGCCAACCACUAUUUUGAGAACGGUAUCGCGUACUUCACACGGCGGAUUAAUAGGUGUAUAUCCAUGGCCUGCGCUAACGGAGAAGUGGCGCCUUUCGUUGGGCAUAAUGCUUUCCUCAGGUGGAAGGCCUUACAGGACGCGGCAUUCGUUGAUCCAGACGACAAAGUUGCGAAAGCCACGGGCGAGGAGAGGAUAUGGAGUGAAUCCAACGUUUCCGAAGAUUUCGAUAUGGCGUUGAGGCUGUUAAUGAGGGGCUAUGAUAUUCGGUGGGCGACGUACUCCAAUGGAGGUUUCAAGGAGGGUGUCUCGUUGACGGUGGAUGAUGAAUUAAAUCGCUGGCAGAAAUACGCUUAUGGCUGUAAUGAGCUUCUCUUCAAUCCAUUGGUUCAAUGGUUUAAGAAGGGUCCGAUUGCACAUCAAAUUAACCGAUUUAUGUGGUGUAAAGCUCCCAUCCAUUACAAGAUCUCUGUGAUGGCGUACAUGUUUUCUUACUAUGGUAUCGCUGCCUCCGUCACUAUCGGUAUUAUCAACUAUGCCCUUCUUGGAUUCCAGUUUCCUGUGGAUGGUUUCUACAUGCAUUCCUUCGAGGUCUGGUUAGCGACAACAGUCGUAUUCUUCGGUUCUGGAAACGUUGGUUACACUCUUCUCGAGUAUCGACUAGGCCAUAAACCGUUAGUCAAGGGGUUCCUCGAGAAUGUGAUGUGGGUUCCAUUCUUUUUCUUCUUCUUUGGUGGCCUAUCAAUCCCAGUAUCUCAAGCUCUCCUUGCGCAUCUGUUCUCGUACAACAUUACGUGGAGCGCCACCAUUAAGGAGGUCCAGAGGUCAAAUUUCUUCAAGGAGAUUCCGAAGAUUGCUAAGCGGUUCUGGUUCCCGCUUAUCGUCAGCUUCCUUCUUAUCGUAGGGAUGAUCAUUCUCAGCACGUCGUUAGUACCUCUAGGUUGGAGGGUUGAUGGCUCUGCGUGGGCUGUGAUCUUCCCGUUAGGCGUGGCUGCAGGCUGUCAUAUACUUUUCCCGAUCGUCCUCAACCCGUGGUUGAUGGUGUUCUCAUAUUGA